AUGCGGCUCGACUUUACCCGGGCGAUCGGAGACGUCGGGAGGGCCGGGGAGAAUGAGAUUCGGACCCUGGUCGUCAGCGCUGGUGCCGAGUUUUCGGGGCCGUGUUUCUCGGAGCGGACGGAUGUCGUCAUGGCUGGUUUGGCCAGCUCCGCCCACUUUUUCCGGUCUGUGCCCCGGACUGUGCCAUUUGUCGCAGGAUGCCAGACUACGCACGGUAGGGAGCAGAGCAUCUGGGGCCCCGGGAAAUGA